AUGGAUCGCAGAAUUCGGAAGCAUGCGAACAAGGCCAGAAUGGCAAGAAGAAUGGCGUGGGAAGCUAUACAUAAAGACAGGAUCAGUCAAUUACCGGAUGAUACUCUCUCUCACAUCCUUUCUCUCCUUCCCACGAGAGAUGCAGUACGAACCACUAUUUUGCCUAAAAGAUGGAACAACCUUUGGAUUUCCAUUCCCAACCUAGACUUCGACCAGCGUGAGGUUUCAAGUGAUAAAUUUGGGGAGUUUGUUGAUGGUGUUCUUUCACUGCAUGCCUCUUCAAACAUCCAAAAGUUUCGUCUAUGUAGUCGAAAUUCCUAUAAUAAUGGAGAUGAAUAUUUGUCUCGCAAUUCUAGAUGGAUAUGCGACGCCAUGAGGCAUAACAUAGUAGAACUUGAUCUUCAUAUAUUUGAUAAUCAUGGUUCUAGCAGGUUGGGAGACCUUCAAUUGCCUGUGAGCCUUUUCACAUGCAAAACUCUUGUGGCUUUGAAGGUGAGUUCAAAUUGUAUGAACCUUGCUCCUCCUCCUUCGGCAUCAGCUUGUUUUCCAAGUCUCAAGUCCCUCCAUUAUAGACUUGGUUGGCCUGAUAGUGCCUCAAUGUUUGAAAUGCUCGCUUCCAAGUGUCCUGUGCUUGAAGACUUGACCAUCGAUCAAAUGAAAACGUUUAGAAUUCUAGGUAGCUUAAUGGCUGCGGAUAAGUACAGGUUUUCUAUCAAUGCCCCAAAGCUUGAAAACCUUGUCGUCUCAGGUCAAGUUGGUUCAUCAAAUUACUACUUUUCGAACAAUGCAAAAGCCAUGGUCAAAGCUGAGAUCCAUUUAAUCCAUGGUGAUAGCAGAGAGAAUAUUUAUCAUGUUGAAAGGGCACCUCCUUUGCUAGAAGGAGUCUCUGGUGUUAAAUAUUUGUCUCUUUUAACUCCUAUGUUUUCGGCACGUUCUCUGCCUUCCUUCGAUAAUUUGAAGCAUUUGAAGGUUGGCCUGUUUCGUUGCUCUUAUUGGGGAUAUGUAAUCGAGCUGCUCAAGAGAUCACCAAAUCUGGAAGAUAUUGUUUUGGAUAUUUGGACUUGGACAUGGGGUAAACAAGAAUAUGUGAAAGGGUACCGGGCCUUCAAUCCACCAGAGGUUGUUCCUAUUUGUGUUUCCUCGCACCUCAGGACCAUUUCUAUCAUUAAUUUCAUGGGAUAUGAUGAUGAGUUUGAAGUGGUCAAAUAUUUGUUGCAGUAUAGUGAAGUUCUUAGGAGGUUAACUAUUUCAACCCGUGAGAGUUAUCUUUUUAAGACUCGACGAAUGACAGCAGAGAAGUUGCAUAAGAAAGCUUUGAAGUUUCAAAAAUGCUCCAAGACUUGUGAGAUUGAAAUAAUUAUCAACUCCGAGACUGACCGGCACAAAAACUGUAGUUGUCAUUUGUGA